CGACUAAGGAUCGAAAGUCUACCGUGGUUUCGCCCUACAACGUUCGACAUUCUUGACAUGGACUUCGACAUCAUUCUGGGAAUGCCUUGGCUUGCAAGUGUGGAUCACACAGUCAACUUCCACCGGUGGACUCUUAGCGUUCGUGACGCCUUCGGCGCCGAAGUGGCGUGUACUAUUCCUCUACCGCACCCUUCGAUUUGGUGCCAAGUGGUGACGGCCAAAUCAUUCCGGGUGACUUGCACUUACAAGCAGCCCGAGGAAAUCGGCCUAUGUUUCCUACGGACCGCCGCGGUAGCCGACUCGUCACCCACAGACUUGUCUUCGGACCCCCGUGUGGUGCGGUUGCUGGACGAGUUCGCUGACAUCUUCGAGUCACCUACCGGUGGGGUGCCGGAUCGGCCGAUCUCUCACGAGUUCAUUCUUGAGGCCGGUGCCGUGCCGCCGAAAGGUUGCAUCUAUCGGAUGAGCGAGGAGGAGCUUGAGGUCCUCCGCGCACAACUCGAUGAUUUGUUGGCCAAGGGCUGGAUCCGCCCUAGUAGCUCCCCAUAUGGAGCACCAGUUCUUUUUGUCCGGAAGAAGAACAAGGAUCUGCGAUUGUGUAUCGACUACCGCAAGCUCAACGCACAAACCGUCAAGAAUGCGGGGCCUCUUCCUCGCAUCGACGAUCUUUUUGAGCGAUUGGGCAGCGCAAAGUAUUUUUCUAAGUUGGAUUUGCAAUCAGGAUAUCAUCAAAUCUCGAUCCGGCCGAAUGAUCGCUACAAAUCCGCGUUCAAGAUGCGGUACGGGCAUUUUGACUGGGUGGUCAUGCCUUUUGGCCUCACCAACGCCCCGACGACCUUUCAAGCGGCAAUGACCAACGAGUUUUGUGCAAUGUUGGACCGGUUCGUGCUGGUCUACUUAGACGAUAUUCUCGUCUAUAGCCGGACAUUGGAGGAUCAUCUUCGGCGAUUGUUUGAGACGCUCCGCCGCGCCAAGUACAAGGCCAACCGCGACAAGUGCGAAUUUGUUCGGCAAGAGCUGGAAUACUUGGGCCAUUUUGUCACACCGGAGGGCAUCAGUCCGCUAUCGGACAAGAUUCAAGCCAUCCAAGAGUGGCCGGAGCCUUGGAAGGUCACGGAUGUCCGCUCGUUCCUUGGUUUCGUCGGCUACUAUCAGCAUUUCAUCAAAGGCUACUCGAAGAUCGCGGCCCACUUGACGAAGCUUCAAUGCGAGGAUCGGCCGUUUGACUUUGGAGAGGAGGUGCGGGAAUCAUUUUUGGCUCUCAAAGCCGCGCUAUUAUCUGCGGAGGUCUUGCGGAUAUACGACCCGUUUUUGCCUACGCGUGUCACUACGGAUGCGUCAGGCUAUGGCAUUGGUGCAGUCCUCGAGCAACAUGAUGGUGUGGACUGGCACACGGUCGAGUAUUUCAGCAAGAAAGUGCCUGUCGUGCAUUCCAUUGACAAUGCACGCAAGAAGGAGCUCCUCGCCUUCGUCCACGCGCUCAAGCGGUGGCGACACUUCCUCCCUGGUUGAAGCCAAUUUCGUUCAAUUUCGAUGGGUAACGGACAACAAUCCGUUGGUCUUCUAUAAGACCCAAGACACCGUC